AGCGAUCUCUUCCGAACAUACUACGCUCGUCUCUACGUGAGGCUCGAGACACAAAAGACGUUUUUCUUUUUUGUGAAAAAUUAUCAUAUUGCAUCACUUUGUUUUGCGGUGCAUUCGAAAAAUUAUCUGACUUGGAUUUUAUUGGAAGCGACAACAAGCGACAUUGAAACAAGCGACAUCCCAACUCAAGCGACACGACGCGGCCGCCUGCGACGACGCUCAUUCCUGGAAACAUCAUGCCAGAGGACAGCGCUGCCGGGCCGCCCGGAGCGGGCAACAAGGAAGUACUAAAGCCAGACGGCUUUUUCGAAUUUACCAACAUGAGUAUGAUCAUCUUAAUUUGCCCACUCUGACAGGGCAAUACUAACUUGCAAACCCGAGGAGCCAUGUGAUGUAGGCUUAUUUACCUAUAGUUUUUGUUUUGUAUUCGUAUUCCCUCCUUCUUUUGAUAAAAUUGCGGCAAUGUCAACUACGCAGGUGCUGGCGAAAAAUGGAAAUGGAAAGGCCAAAAAGAAGAAGCCCGCUGCGCAACAGAAAUCGAAGAAAGCCCUCGUCAAGGCACUUCUUGCUGAAGAAAAGCAGCUUACGAUAUUGCGCAAAACGGACGAAGCAUCGUACAGAGGGGAAGGCGGCCUACGUUUGCAGGACCGAUAUGAAGUGCAAAUGUGUCUGGGUCGGGAAACUUGUGGUGCUGGGUGGCGUAUCAUGAGGAGACCACAAGUGCUGGCACAGCAUGACAAGUUUUUGAGCUUUUAGGUGUUGGCGUUGCCUGUUCUGCAUGACAAACUGCCUUUCUACAUGAGAGAAAAAUGGGGCUCUUGGGUAACGUGCAUGACAGAUUUAAGAGUGAGUCAUGCCAGACAAGCAUGACAAACAUGCAUUGUUCCAGACCCAGACAUAUUUGCACUUGAUAUCAGAAAGAUCAACGACUGUUUCUCAUCCGCAAUCGGCUGGAGCCCAACUUUAUCUUGUGCAAAAGUAUCGUACUCGUAGUAAUCGCAGUCGUGCAUUGGAAACCUCCACCCCAAGGUAAAACAGCAUGACAAAUUUCAUUCGUCGUGCGGAGCCAAUUUGUAUGUAAUGCGAUUACUACCAAUACGAUACUUUUGCAAUGCAUAAACUUCCAAAGUGAAGUUGGAGAAAGCAGUAUCCAAGGAUAAAACAUUGUAAGGUGUAAGUAAGUAGCUUUUUUUUGCCGAAACAGCAUUACAAAUCUGUCUGGCAUGAUGAUAGCAAAAACCUGUCAUGCGCAGAGAGACAAAACGUGAAACCACGCAUGAAGGGGGCCUGUAAAAAUGCGUGACCAGCAUGACAGCCGUGCCGCAAGCUCAAUCAUCUUGCAUAUAGCGCAUCACAAAGUUAUACACCUACUUUGCUUUUUUUGGUUGGAUAAGCAGAAAAAAAGAGGGAGGGGCAAACCGCCAGCGGGGUGACGAAGGCACAGCUAGAUAUCGCAAGAAAAAACUGUUUCACUGUGAACUUGUGAUGCAGAGAAUAGAGCACGGAACGACUUGUCUUGCUACACUUGCAAGACAUUGAUUUAACAGCGUCUUUUCCCUUGGGAAGCGCGCAUGGCAAAUUUUCUGUGUCAUUUGUAACAAACUGGUGAUGCAGAUCUUGAUAAGAUUAAGAUCAUCAGAGUGAAACAGUUUUUUCAUGGGAUACUAGAGGGAAAAAAGGUGAGGGAUGUCCUGAACCAGGCAAAAAGCCUCCAGCCCGAAGAGCUAUGCAUCCGCAUGGGAGAGCUCGGUAUAUGCAUUGCAAAAGCGCCUCCACAUCACGGACAAGAAGUAGCUCGCUGCAGCAUUUUAGGAAAUGUCUUCAGACUAAAAACGCAUUAUUUGGUCAGGGAACCAAAAGACGGCAAAGCAAGGAUAUUAAUAUUUGCAUUUGUAUUGCCUGGACCACGAGACUAGUCCUCCAAGUAGCAGUGCGACUCAGUUGUGCGAGACUUUUGCAGAGGAUACAACUUGGUUUUUAGUACGGAGUCAGAUGAUUAUGAAAGUGCACAACUCCUCCUCUCCCUCCUUCAAAAGGGAUUGAUGAGUAGCAACACAAGCAACGGCACAAAUGUGGCGUCUGCAUGAAGAUUUGCACACCACAGAAGAAGAUCGGAGGACACCUUAAGUUUCCGAAAUUUGUCAUGCAGAGAGUCCUUCACCAUCACAGCAAGAGGCGAGGUUGUGAAUUAUUUUGCAUUACAAAUGGGGGGGAGGGUUGGGUGUGCACUCUCAUACUACCGCAAACAAAAAGCGGGCCGCCGACUUCCAGCUCGAAUAUGGGUUGCGCCCGGGGGACGUGAUGGGUACGGAGUGCAAAUGUAAAUGUCUUGAAGGGUUGGAAAAGUGACAGAUGCAGAUGUGGUUCGCCAUGCUGUUUUUGCAUUGAUUUUUGUCUGAGAGUGGAAGGUCUGCUGGAAUGCACGCAGAGCACAGCCACACGUUCCGCGCAGGCUCCUUCAUCCGUGUGGCUACUUGAUGAUCAUCUGCAUGAAGAUACGAAACACACUCAAUUUACUUAAUUGCGCAUUUCAUCGUGACUCUGCAGCACAGCAAUUUAUUGCCUGUUCCAAGAUCAAUCUGCAUUAUACAACAAAAGUUCGCAUUUACUUUUCGGAGUACGUGGAGGUCCCAGAAGACAUCUUUGUAAAAAUGCAUAAUCUUGAUGGCGGACCAGUCCACCUGCUUCAACGGGUACCAGGGUGGAAAUGGUAUUGCCGUCGUUGUUAUGCAUUGCAAAAGUGGCGCACUAGUAUAAAUUGCAUUGCAAAUUUUGGCAAGAAGAAAAGUGGAAUUUGUAAUGCUGUUUUAACUUAGGAAAGAGAUUUGUCAUGCAUAUUUGCAAUUAGUACGAGGGCGAUACUUUUGCACAGCAUAGCUGUGGUCUUGGAGGACGGGGCGGGGCCAGAGUUGCGAACGGGGCGGGGCCAGAGUCGAGCCGGCGGACUCGCGGGACAGACGGGGGCGAACUCGCAAAACUUUCGGGAGAUGAUGCUCUGCAACAGGGUGCAAAUCCUCAAGAUCUACAUAUGGACUGCUCAAACGCUAUACAUCGACAGAAUCGCGCCACGCGAAAUCUCGUCUGUCAUGCAAAGUUCUUUUUGUUUCUGUUAUUAUGAUUAUCACAACUCCGCAUGAUCACUCCCCCCCGAAAGACAUCGAUCAAGUUGAUUCGCGUGACAGAUCGUCCAUGCGCUGACUGAGUGCCAAGCUUUUAACCCUUGCCAAAACUGUGAUGCGCCGCGAUGCACAAGCCCCCUUUAUCUUUGCCACUCUUGCGUUACAAGUCUAUUUCCGUCUCGGGAAAUGUGGCCUAGUCUUGCAAUUUUUUUUAGUAUUAGUGCUGCUUUUUCAACUAGCGUCACCCUCGCAUCUCUCCUCGAGGACUCUGGGGACUCGAGUUUCAUCGUCCAAGGUUCUUGGUUGUACAUCGUUCUUCGCCGUUUUUCUUAUGCUUGCGUAUCUUCGUCACCCCUAAUAUUUUUUCUUCUGUCACAAAUUGGUAUUUCUAUUUUAUUGGGCUGAUCAUCUACUGCGGAUGAAACUGAAAGGUACCUAAUCUAUCAUGGGUUGCGUUUGUGUUUUCUAUCGGUUUAAGAUAAGAGAAUCACGUAACACCACGUCGAUGUAUUCACGUUUGAAAGCCCCAUAUUGCAAGAAAGAAAACUGCCCCUUGCUCAAGAGGGGCAACGAUGGGGAGGUGCGCGCACUCUGUAUGGAAUUCUCAGGUUGGAAAGUAAGCAUCAAAGUUGAAAGAAUUUGUAAUGCAAAAAACGCCUCGGCCUGUAUGCGGAGGCGAGGCAACAUUUCUAGUCGGUGCAUGACAUUACAUCAAUGUCGCAUGUCUGUCAUGCUGGUGAGGGCGAUGGCGUGCCCCUCUGAAGAUGUCAUGCUAAUUUAUAGAUUAACAGCACAACUCCAUUUCCAUAUUCUUAUUCCGAGCCCGUAGUAAGUUGCACAUUAUUCAGCGUCCAUUUUUGCGUCCCCUGUUUGUAUCGAGUAGUACAUUCACUUCCUGUGUCGCAUUUGCAUUUCAUGUAACAUCAAAGUGUUUCGUUUCACUUUGAGAUGAAUUUCCGACCCGAGGCUUGUUCCAUACACUGCGUCAAAACAGUCCAGCGGGUAGUCGAUCCGAAGUUUGCUGAGCAGGUCCUGGUAUGCAUUGCAAAUAUGUUGUAGUGUGGAUCUGAAUUCGUAAUGCAACUGCAAGACUUGUUUGAGGACAAGAAGAAGAUCUGCAACGAUUUAUGCAUGAAUGCGAUUUUUGGGUAGUUUUUUUUAUCGUGCUGGAUGGAACAAGUUUGUCAUGCGGUUUAUAAGCAUUUGUAAGAAUCGGCAACAAGAACUACUACUUCUACUGACAAGCCGUGUCAAAUAACUUCUGACGCUGUUCUGCGGCACAAGCGGUCACUGUGCAAUAAAAAUGCGAGUAUCUUCAGCAAGACAAAUUUAUUCCAGAGUUGUCAGACUACAUAUUUGCAAGGCAUAGCUAAACGAGCUCACCAAAGAAAACCUGCAGAUGAUCAAUGGGCUUGUCACUGGGAGAAAGGUACUACUUACACACUGACUUACUUGAGGCCGCGGCGCAGCGAUGUUGCGUGUUGCGCGUCAGCCAUUUUUUACAGUAGUAUUUUGUUUCCUAUGAUUGAAUCUGGUCGUCCGAGCUUGUGCUGGUUCUUUCACGGAACAAUAUUAGAGAAGAUCCGAUCCCCUUUCCCACCUCCGAGGAGUGACAUGUGAAUCCGCAAAAUUAUAUGCCCUGAUUAUUGGUUUACAAUUGAUUAUAUUGACAUACAAUCACAAAUUACAGGUCGACGUCGAGAACCAGAUCAAGAUUAACGAGGACAUGGAAGUUGCGGCUACCGGGGCUAUAUGCAUUGCAAAGGUAUCUAAGUACUUACCAUGCGAAUAAUUUGCAUGACAGAUAAUGGAGUCUGUAUCUGUAAUGUAUUUUUAGCUUGGGAGGCGGACGAUUCGUCAUGCACAUUUGUAAUUAGCCUUAGCGCAAGUGCGUCGAUAGUACUUUUGCAGAGCAUACGAUAGCACCAGCAUGAAGCGGGGCGCUGCUAAGGUGCCAGAGGACAGCAGCAAUCGCCAGGGCAAGGAAGCGAAAGACAAGGCUGACGACGCAGUCGCAGGUCCAGCCCCAAAAAAGCAGAAAAAGGGAAGUAGCAGUAGUAGUCCCACCACAACGCAGACCUAUGCAUGGCAAAUAUGUCUGGGUCUGGAGGAUUGCCAUGUUUGUCACGCUUGUCUGGCAUGACUCAUAAAUCUGUAAUGCAUGAGGAUGAGCAGGAAAGUGGCCUCUUGCCUGUCAUGCAAAAACGCAGUUUGCCAUGCGGAAAAUGAAGCACAGUAGUAGUUGAAAAAUUUGUCGUGCUAGGCUGCGUAUUGCAGUCCGCCCACCAAUGACAAGUUUCCAGACCCAGACAUAUUUGAAUGUUGCGCAAGUGAUAGUAUAAGUAGUAGUACUCAGUACCACCGGUGGACGUCAUAACAUGCUUUUAGUCUCUCUCUACAUAUUAUAUCACGUAGUUCUCUUCUCUUUUCUUUCUUCAAAAUGUUAAAGUCGUUCUCUUCCCUGUGCUGUACCAUGGUCUUGCUUCCAGACAAAACACCAGACAUAUUUGAAUUUGAUAAGACCCCAGCUCCCACUACUGCCUCGUCGUCCAAAGCACCGUCGUAUGGAAGUGCACAACUCCCCCUCCCCCUCGUUUGUCAUGCGAAAUACCCAAUCCACCCUUUGUCCCUUUGCCUCUUCGCACUGUUUGCAUGACAAGUUCUGGUAGCCCAAAUAGCACUACACUCCUGUGCAAAUUUGUCAUGCAAAACCGGCAUUCUUGCUGAUGCUUGUAUUGCCGUUCAUGCUAACCAAAUGAGGGGGAGGGGGAGUUGUGCAUUGUUAUACGUCGCAACGGUUCACGACAAGCGCGAAAAAAUCUUUUUACGGUACGCCGGCCGUGCCGGCGAUUUUGCCGUUUGGUUGCAGUUCCACAAAGCUGGUAAGCUUAUACUUAUUCGUGCAGUACUAUCAAGCUGCGCGCAAUUUUUUUUCCACGGUGCCGUUUUCGCUUUGCUCCGUGCGUUUGGUAGGUCGGAACAAGUCGAAGCCCCCUAUUUGCCGUUGUGAUGUUUUCGAAGAUGUUUUCAACGAUAUAUUCGACGAUGUGCUGUGUGUGCCUCUGCUCUGACAAGAACAAGUCAAUACAUAAUUACUUCAAUGAAAUAUACAAACAGACCGCCAACAACAUGACCGGUGUCGUGGACGCUCUGAAUUUACGCACUGCAAAAGUAUGUCUGGGUCUGCAGACUUGUGGAGCGGACUUGCGAAUACUUACUGUGCAAGGGCUGGGUCGAUUCACGACGACGCGUUUUAAUAUUGCAGUGCGAGAGGAGCUGCACUUCGUCAGAAAGUGCUUUAGCGCUCUUCAAACGUUUCGGCCUUGCAUAGGAAAGAGUGGUGGUGUUUAUUUUGCCUGUCAUGCAACUCAGAUUUUGCAGGAUAGAUUCGACUGCCAGACGAGCAUGACCACACGUUCCACUCAGCCAGACCCAGACACAUGAUUUGCAGUGGAUACAACCUGGUAGGACACAAGUCGGGAGCGCGCAACGACGGAGGAGAUAAUGCAGACAAGAAGCAGGGCAAGAGCGCUAGUAAAGCUAAACUCGUGGACGCCGAAAAGAAAGACGACAAGAACGUGGACCACAAAGCUGAAUCGGUAUAAUUUUCCCUUUGUCUUUCGUGAACUACGGUGACAGUCGUACGUGUGACUUAAGUACUACUUUUAUUCCUCCUGCUAGUACUACCACACACUUGACUUUGAUGAGUUUCCCUUUAACCGUUCCUUCGAUUCUUUUGAUCUUUCGACAAAAAAAUCAAAACGAAAACAGGCCUCAAAGAAACUCAAAUCCAGCGGUAAUAAGCUGAAGUCGGAUGGAAAAAAUUAUGAAAUGCAAAUAUGCCAACGCCAAGGUCAACAAAGUGCAAUUUUGAGCCGAGCCGUGUUGAUAUUGUUAUUGUCACGCAAAAAUUAUAUAUAAAGGAGGACAGAAUCAUGCUUGAUUUCCGCGAAGAAGAUGAAAGAAGCGAGGUUAUGUUCUGUCUCAACAACUUCUUCUUCUACUCCUGUAUGUGGUUCGAUCAUUUCCGCUUCCACUUACGGGCGGUGGCAUACUUAUCGUGCAUAGUUAAGCUGAAAAAUCUUCUGUCGCGAACAAGGCCGCCAUCAAGAAGUCCAGUUCCAGCAAGGACAAGAAGUCCAGUUCCAUCAAGAACGGGAGUGGUGACAACAAAAAGAAGGACAAGAUAUGAAUCGCAAAAGUAUCGUAGUCGUACUAGUGCAACACAAAUACAAAUUUUUAGCUCACCUCAGAAUGGAAACUGGAAUUGGUCAUGCUAAUUUCGCUUGAAAAAGAAGUUUGUAUUGCACGAUUGCAAUUAGUACUCUUACCAUGCUUUUGCACUGCAUACAAGAAGAAGAAGAACAACGACAGUGAAGAGCACUUGCCCAAGGUCGCGGAAAAACCGGUAUGUAUGCGAGUUAUUUUUGCCAUAACAUGCUGCUUUCCUUAUUCUUGUCUUGUGACAUCACGGCGCGUCAAUUUGAGUUGUUCUGCUUCAAUGUUGUUUCAAUCAUCGGCUACUAUUACUUCCCUGCUUUGCAUAAAGGCUUGUAUCAUGAUUUACCGAAAACGAAAACGAAACUUAACCAGGUGAUGAAGAAGAAAACGGACGGGAAAAAAAAGAAGCGAACAGCUGCCCGAAGUGUUUGAUACAAAAGAGCCUGCUUUUUUCCUUACAACUUUUAUCUCAGGUUUUCUUUAUUGGACACACAGCUAGCAUCUUCUUGUUCUUUCAUUCUCGCCGGCUCUUGCAAGCUUUACUUGGCCACACCAGAGAAAAAACUCUUUGUCUUGCGUUUUCAGUAUGGCAAAUUCUUUCUUCUUUAUUUCUCAUUUUUCUCGCCAAAAAACGCCCACUCAUCACAAAGAACCAAGCAGAUUACUUUCGUUGCGCACGCAAAUAGCUGCGCAAGGUAUUCUAUUACUUCGCAGCGGAAAGAUUUUCGAUUUUCUCUACGCGAUCCGGUUGUGAAGAAACUGAGAUAAUAAAAGUGAAGCAGACGCCGCGUUUUUGGGUAAACAUAAACAACUUCAAUGAAAAAAAUCGUACGCAAAUACAACACAUAGCCGACCAAGUUUCAU